CAUUUAAACAAAGCCAAAUUCUUCAUUGUUCUUUGUUUCUCCAUUUGAGAUUCUGAGCACCAUGAGCUUCGGUUUCGGAAUAGGGGACAUCCUCGCCGUGAUCGAGCUUGCCAAAAAUUUUACGAAGGGGCUUUAUCAAUGCACCCAGACAAUUCCAGGAUAUUUCUACCGAGUAUGUAGUUCUAAGUUUAAGUCAAAUGAUAGCGCCUUAUCAAGUUUUACAGGGUUAGAAAUCUUUCCAUUGUGCUUCAGGAUAUCGAGGACGAGCUAUCAGUGCCAGACCUCAACGCCAAACAAGCAAAUGAACUAAAAGAAAAAUUGUUUAUGGUUUUCGAGGUGUUCUGGAAAAGCUACAACGGACAUUGAGCAUAUGUGGCGAAAUAAUAUCAGAUUCUAGUAGCGUGGGAAACAAGGUAAAGAGAGCUUAGAAAAGACUUGAAUGGGAGUUGGAGGAUAUCAAGGAGCUUCGGAGUCGUAUUGCAUCAAAUGUUACCCUGUUGAAUACGUUUCAAGGGAAAAUCACAAGAUAACUUAUCUUUCCAUGCAUGUAUAGCUUUUCGACUAAGAGUGUUUUAGCAAGAUAUUGAACGACAUAAAAACGAACGCAGAUCAAUUUUAUGAGCGAUAGGACAUUCGAGAACUUAAUACCGAAUAUUUAAAAAUUCUUGAUUGGCUUACUCCAAUUGAUUAUGCUUCUUAACAGCAGGACUAUAUGAAUCAGAGACAAUCAGGAACAAGACAAUCAGGAACAGGACAAUGGCUUCUAGACUCGCCCGAAUUCAAACAAUGGGUAGAGUCCGACAAGCAGAAAUUAUUCUGCCUAGGCAUUCCCGGCGCUGGAAAGACAAUGCUUACACCAAUUGUAGUCGAAGAACUUACGAAUCGCUUUGGAAAUGACAAAAGUGUUGGUAUUGCAUAUUUGUAUUGCAAAUUUAGGCGUCAUCACGAGCAGAAGGUUGGUGGUUUGAUGUCAAGCCUUCUCAAGCAAUUGGCUGCAUUCCAAUCUUCCCUACCAGGCGAUAUUAUAAAUCUUUAUAAUGAACACAGAGGCGCGCGGACCCACGCAUCAUCAAGAGAGGUUUCUAAAACUUUCCAGUCUGUCGCUGCUCUCUAUUCCAAAGUUUUCAUCAUUGUGGAUGCGCUUGAUGAAUGUUCAAUGGCCGAUGGCAACUGAGAGAGGUUCCUAUCGGAACUUUCCAAUCAUCAAAAAACACGCCAAAUUAGCCUUUUCGUGACUUCAAGAUAUGUUCCUGAAAUUAGAAAAAAGUUCAAUGACUCUCUAAUGUUGGACAUUCGAGCAAGCGAUCAAGAUGUGGAGAGAUAUUUAGAUGGUCAUAUUUCGCAGCUACCUGAAUAUGUGCUUCAGAUUUUGGAGCUAAAAGAUGAGAUAAAGGGUCAUAUUAUUAAAGCGGUGGAUGGAAUGUAUGUAGUUCCUACAAAGUAAAUGAACAAUGCUUAUUUCUAUUACUUUUAGGUUUUUGCUUGCACGACUACACCUUCAAUCCUUAAGAGAAAAAAAUUUCCCAAGGCCAUCCGGCAGGCUUUGAAAAGUCUCCCAGCUGGAUCAAAUGCGUACGACUAUGCAUCCAAAGACGCUAUGGAGAGACUUGAAGGCCAGCUUGAAGAUGAAAAGGAGAUAUUGCUCGAUACAGGCAAACUAACUAGCGAUUGUCAUGAUGUUCUUGACAAAGCACCAUUCUCAUAUGCUGCUGAGAAUGGACAUGAAUCAAUAGUCAAGCUCUUGUUCAAUACGGGAAAAGUUAAUCUUGAUUUACAGAAUUAUUUCAACCUUCAAACACCGUUUUUAUAUGCUGCUGAGUAUGGGCGUGAGGCGACACUUAAGCUUUUGCUCGAAACAGCUAAGGUUCAAAUGGAUUCGCCCGAUCGCGAUGGCCAAGCACCACUCUGGUGGGCUGUUAAAAAUGGGCACGAAGUAAUAGCCAAGCUUCUAGUUAAACAAGGCGCUAGUGAAGAUAUUGUUUCUAUAGAUAUGUUUUCUACGGAUACUAUUUCCAAAGAUGAUUCGUCAGAUGAUUUGACAGAUGAUUCAGCAGAUGAAUCAAUAGGUGGACUCCAUACAGUCGAUGAGUUGUUUACUGUACCCUUUUGGGAAAAUUAAUCUAAACUAAAAAUAACAAAUUGAUAAAAUUAUAAUCUAAAAAUUACAUAUUGAUAAAAUGAAAUAUAAAUUUUUAAUUAAUUAUAAAUUUUUUCAAAAUAACUUUAAUUAUUUUAUUUUUAUUUUUAAUAUAAUUUUCUUUUUCUUUUAUUAUUUUGUUUAUUUUAUAAAUUAAAAAGAAUGUGAAUAAUUGAAUUUUAAAAUAGUAAUUUAAUAUUAUUUAUUUAUUUUAAUUCAAA